GGCAAAAAAGGGCAAAAUGGAGAGCGAGGAGGAGGAGGAGCCGCAGAGCAACGGGGUGAAAGAGGGCGGGAUCGGGUCUGGGGGCGGGGCGAGCGAAAAGUGUAUGAAAUUUGGGGUGAAAAAGGGCGAAAUUGGGGCUGAGGAGGAGAACAAAAAAUGUGUGAAAAUUGGGGUGAAAAAGGGUAAAAUUGGGAGCGAGGAUGAAGAUGGGAGUGAGGAGGAGGAGGAGGAGAGGAAGGCGCCUCCCAGAAACGGGGGGGGAAAGGGCAAAAAUGGGGGGAAAAGGGAGAAAACGGAGAGCGAGGAGGAGGAACGGACAGUGCAGAAAAAUGGGGUGAAAAGGGGCAAAAUAGAGAGCGAGGGGGAGGAUGAAGAGGAGGAUGAAGAGAAAGAGGAGCUGCCCCGGAAAAAUGGGGUGAAAAGGGGCAAAAUUGGGACUGAGGGAGAGAAGAACACAAAAUCUGUAAAAAUUGGGGUGAAAAAGGGUAAAAUUGUGAGCGAGGAUGAAGAUGAGAGUGAGGCGAGGAAGGUGCUGCCUUCCAAAAAUGGGGGGAAAAGAGGGAAAAUGGAGAGCGAGGAGGAGGAGAUCCGGAAAAAUGGGGUGAAAAAGGGGAAAGUUGGGAGAGAGGGGGAGAAUGAUAAAAAAUCAGUGAAAAUUGGGGGGGAAAGGGGCAAAAUGGAGAGCGAGGAGGAGGAGCUGAGCCGGAAAAAUGGGGUGAAAAAGGGCAAAACUGGGAGCAAGGGCGAGGAGAAAAUGGGGGGGAAAAAUGGGGUGAAAACGGAGAGUGAAGAGGAAGAACGGGCAGCACAGAAAAAUGGUGUGAAAAGGGGGAAAAUUGAGAGCGAAGAAGAGGAGGAGGAAGAGCUGCCCAGAAAAAAUGGGGUGAAAAAGGGGAAAAUUGAGAGCGAAGAAGAGGAGGAGGAAGAGCUGCCCAGAAAAAACGGGGUGAAAAAGGGGAAAAUUGGGAGUGAGCGAAAGAAUGAUAAAAAAUCAGUGAAAAUUGGGGGGGGAAAGGGCAAAAUUGGGAGCGAGGAUGAAGAUGAGAGUGAGGAAGAGGAGGAGAGGAAGGCGCUGCCUUGCAGAAAUGGUGGGAAAAAGGGCAAAAAUGGGGGGAAAAGAAGGGAAAUGGAGAGUGAGGAGGAGAUCCGGAAAAAUGGGGUGAAAAAGGGGAAAGUUGGGAGAGAGGGGGAGAAGGAUAAAAAAUCAGUGAAAAUUGGGGGGGAAAGGGGCAAAAUGGAGAGUGAGGAGGAGGAGGAAGAGGAGGAGGAAGAGGAGAAGGAGCUGAGGCAGAAAAAUGGGGUGAAAAAGCGUAAAAUUGGGAGUGAUGAGGAGGAGGAAGAGGAAAAGGAAGAUGAAAGUGAGGAAGAAGAGGAGGAAAAGGAAGAUGAAAGUGAGGAAGAAGAGGAGGAAAAGGAAGAUGAAAGUGAGGAAGAGGAGGAGGAAAAUGAAAAGCCACUACGGAAAAAUGGGGUGAAAAAGGGCAAAAUUGGGAGUGGGACCAACCACCAAAAAAAGCUGCUGAAAAUUGGGGGGGAAAAGGGCAAAGUGGAGAGUGAGGAGGAGGAAGAUGAAGAGGAGGAGGAGGAGCUGAGCCGAAAAACUAGGGAGAAAAAGGGCAAAAUUGGGAGUGAGGAGAAAAUGGGUGGGAAAAACAGGGUGAAAAUGGGCAAAAAUGGGAGAGAGGGGAAAAAAGGGGGGAAAAUUGAGGGGAAAAGGAGGAAAAUGGAGACUGAGGAAGAGGAGGAGGAGAGUGAGGAGGAGGAGGAAGAACGGCCAACACGAAAAAACGGUGUGAAAAAGGGCAAAUUUGGGACUAAGAGCGAGAAGAAAAGCUCAGUGAAAAUUGGGGGAGAAAAGGGCAAAACAGAGACCAAGGAGGAAGAGGAGGAGGAAGAGCGCCCGGUGGGAACAUCCAGCAGCGACUCGGAGGACGAGCGGCCGCUGGCGGAAUGGGUGAAAAACCAGACGGAUCGGGCAAAACCGUCGACGAAGAGGAGGCGGCGGGAAUCGUCUGGGAGCGACAGCCGGGAGAGGAGUCCCCCCCGCAAGGUUUCGGGGGACCCUCCGGCUGUGCGGCGCCUCAAGCGCUACCUGUGGGCAUGCGGCGCGCGCCCCAACUACAAGCGGCUGCUGGGGGGCUGUCGGACUCGGCGUGAGCAAGUCGGGGUGCUGCAGGGGGAGCUGCGUGCCCUCGGCCUCACUGGCACCCCAUCCCUGGCGCGGUGUCGCCGGCUGCGCCGCCGGCGGGAGGAGGCGGCAGAGCUGGCAGCGUUGGACAUGUCCAACAUCAUCGUUAGCACUGGCCGCCCCCGCCGCGGCUGCACCCCCCGCAGCCCCCCCAGACCCUCGCCCCCCGCCAUGGACUGGUCCCACCUCCGCGGCAUCAUCAGCUCCGACGGAGACAGCGACUGAAAACCAGACUCGUUUUUUGGGUCUAAUUCAAAGGACUUUUUGGUCUAAUAUUUACGUUGGCGCAGGAAGAUUCCGGGAGGGCGUUUUUGGGGCACUGGGGUCGUUUUGGGGGGGUCAUCACCCUCCAACUGGAAGAGAUCGC